AUGAGCCUUGAUCAGGAGAGUGAGAUUUUGCCAGAAAGCUCCUUUGCUUCAACCGGGACCCGCGAGAAUCCAGUGUUGCUUGAUUGCGAUGACAAAGGUGAACCAAACAGCACUGGCAGUAUAGCUUCACAUAUCUCUGAGAUAUCUACUGAGAUAUCUGCUGAGAUUCUCUCCAAUGAUGGAGAUCGCUCUGAGAGUAAAGAUGAGCCAAAUUUUGAUCUCCCCGGGGGCAGAUUCAAAAAUUCCAUUACCCCCAUUCUGCGGAGAAAGGCUUCUCAGGAUUCCUCGGGCCGCUCUGGAUACCGAAAACGCCGUUGUCCUUCAAUUUCCAACGUUCAAAUCACCCAAGAGGAUUCGCAAGAUCUCUUUGCAAGUGGUAACCCUGCGACCGGAAUAUCUCUAGUUGAUGCACAUGCUACAUCUUCUAUCAUUGGCUUGGAGGAUAUCGCAUGCCUUUUAGAACGGAGUGAAACUGAUGAAGUCUUCGUGCUCAGGAGCUAUGAGCACUUGUCGAGCACAAUGGAGACAGCUUCAGCGUGUGAGAUACAAGAAUUCCAGUCAAAGGCGACGAAGUGGCUGAUGAAAUCUUUGGAGAAAGAUUUCAUAGAGCUCAGUGUGAGAAUCAUGGAGUCAGGACUGCUGAAAGGGGUUUCACUCCAGAGGGUAAUGAAAACCUCGGUCAAGCAUGAUUUGACGGUCUUCGAAAAGCUGAUGACCCGGGAGGUGUAUCUCAAGAAAGAGCGCAAUAACGCCAUUUCUUUUGCCAUUACGCUAAGCGAAUGCUUGGAUAAAGUGUGCAGACUCGAGGGUGAACGCGUGUCUCUAGUCUCGAACAUCUUACGGAAUAUUGAUUCGGCCAUCCAGGGGUCAUCUAAAGAGGACAUCGGAAUGGUAUUUUGGUAUGUUCGCCAUGCAUUGAUCCGUGCAAUUGAGAAACAGGGAUGUUUCGAAAUCCUGCAAAUUGUUGACGUCAAAUACUGGUCUGAAUUGAGGGCGAGCUAUGUGUCACUAGAUGUGGCAUGUGAAGGAAAGUUCACGAGCAUGGACAUCCCGGAUCACUUGAGAGACCGUUUGAGAUACUUUUAG